UAUUAUCAUUAUAAACUGCAUCCUCAAUGCUCCACUGAUGCUCAUACAUGCUCGCUUCGUUCACCGUCCACUAUCUUGCUUUGCUCUUUGGCUGUGUCAGACCUUCUUGUUGGACUUGUCGUGCAACCAGUUUACAUUCCUACUAAACUCAAGGAAAAUGGUUCUCUGCUGAAAGCGCUGUAUGUAAUGGUGCCCUUCGCAAGUGGUGGGUCGGUUCUUAUAAUGACACUAAUAAGCGUGGAUCGAUUCUUGGCUCUUCAUUAUCACAUGCGAUAUACGAAUUUGAUGACUGCACGUCGUGCCAUAUAUGCAUCUGUGCUUCUUUGGCUCAUCAGCUUUUUGCUAUCAUUAAUUUCGUUUUGGAAAAUGGAUGCUUAUUAUUUUAUCGCAGCUGUGGGUAUCAUCGCUUGCCUCUUAGUUUCUGCUGUCUGCUACAUCAGCAUCUAUUGCAUUGUUAGAAAGCAUCACCUACAGACUCAUGUCCAACAACAGACUGUGAGUCGCAAGCCUGCAAAUUUUAACCAAAACAUGUUACGAUCGAUGAAAUGUGCCAAAAACACUUUUAUAUUUUACAUCGUGAUGGUUCUGUGUUAUAUACCAUGGUUUAUAUCCAUGUUUCUUUCAGCUAUUUUCCCCAAUCAAUGGAUAUAUGCAUUGGUCUUAGCUGAUACUGCAGCGUUUCUGAACUCGUCCAUCAAUCCAUUUUUGUAUUGCUGGCAUCUUCGCAAGCUUCGAGCGGCAGUUGUAAAGACAACAAAGCUAAUGCUAUGUAAAAAGGUCGAAAACUAAUUACAAUUAAGGAAGAUAGUAAAAUUUAAAACUAAUAUAUAACUGAUAUGAAAAAUAAACCCUAGAUCAGUGAUUGGAUCUCUGUCCAAAUCCUCUCAAGAAGACGUUUAUGAUGCAAGGUGCCACUAACUGUCACAGAAGUAGACAGAAGUUGAUUGAGUGAAACCUUUUAAGGUUUAAGCACUUUGAAAAACCUCUCAAGAUGGCCCGACAUGUUUCUUCUUGAUUCAAACACCUGUCAGGGGACUCUUCAUUGUGAUGUCAACAAACAUUUGCUUGAUGAAUUAUUUGUCUUUCAUGACAGUUUCUAAUUGCAGUUUUGUGGUUAAAGCUUUUUUAAGCAUAUCUAUAGCCUCCUUUUAUGUCGGCCAUCUUUGCGCCAUAUGUAAACAAUACAACGCUAGCUAAUCCCCUUCCAAAAGGAAAUUAACAAACACAUGUCACAAGUUCAA